UAAGCGCCAAUAUUGAAAAAAAUUUUAUCGUUUUUUCACGCCAUCUAUUAAUUGAAAGAAAAGCUCAACAUUUUCUGAUUCACUUUUAAAUUUGCCUCUUAAAGUAACCAAAAAUCAGUGUCUAAGCAACAUCAAGUGUAACCAAAAAACCAGAUUAACCUCUCGUCGUCAAUGCCAUUUCUUUAACUGUGCUUUAAAGUCACACUGAGCGAUUGAGAAACAAGUAUCCGUCGACAUUGUACCAAAUCAAUGUUUAAGCCAAAAAGUCGCGAUAAUAGUGGCAAGAACCUUGGACUCUGCAAUCGUUGAAAAUUACUCGAUUUAACUCGACUCUGUCUUGUAGAAAAAAAAUAGUUUAGCAGUUUGGUUUCCAUUACAGUUAACUUUCAUCUGUGCUCUCGUCGUUGCCACCGCAAUGGCCAAUGGUUGGGAUAAUUGGGGCAAAAAUCACUGGGGUGGUUGGUCUUCUUCUUAUGGUCCUUCACCAUGGAGCAAUGAUUAUGGAUACAAAUGGUCAAACAAGAAAGCUUCAGUUUUCCAUGGCAUGUUUUUUCAUCAAAAUUACCAGAAUUUAUCAGAAUCAAUGAAUGUUAACUCAUUUAUUGGAAAUUUGAUUUCUUGGGUUUCCUUCAUCUUUUUUUGUCCCGAUCCAGUCUGGUUAAUCUAGACUUCAAAGGUUUCUUCUUGCAUGGGAAAAUUACACUUCUGGUUACCGUCAAUAUAAAAGUAUCUAUUUUACUGAAAGAUUUACGGAAAACAAUUUAAUUGAACUACCGUAUGAGCAGAAAUAUAACUUUUUACAUGUUAGACUUACCUAAAACAAAAGAAACUGACAAUAGACUAAAAAAUUAGGGAAGACUCAAGUAAAUAAAGGUAAAAUGUUUAUGAUUAAAGGAUGAAAGACAAAGUGAAAGUAAAAAUCAAUAGAGAUGCAGAAAAUCAUGUAAUGAUGACGAGAAAACAUUUUUGAAUAAAGGAUGCAGGGUUGAGCUGGUUCCCAUUAAUAAAGAUUUUAAAAACAGGAUUAUUUAAACGAAAGCGAAUCGAAAUUUGAUGAGGUCCAAUGAAAGUUUUCAAACUGCUUCAAUUUUUCAUUGAAAAUAAUUAAGUUUGAUCUUGAAAAGCAAUGUAGCGAGCUUUAACUAUUGUUGAUAACAAUUAGCUUUCAAAACUUAAUAAACCAUCAUCCAUUGUUAAUAAUGAUGACAAGAGAAGACGAAAAGAGAAGAUGAAAAGAGAAUGAGAAGAAAUGCCGUAAAAUAAGAUCAGUGAACUGCAGAUAUAUGAAAGGUAAAAAUAUUAAGAUCAUGAAAAUAAAUUAAGAAUCACAAUUAACCUCAUCAACAAAACAUCCUGAUCACUAAUGUUAGACAGAAGUAAAAGUUGAAACCAACAGUCAAAGAAUAAGCUCUCAUUGGAGAAGAUCAUUUAACUCAAUCAUCUUUCUCUCGUAAUUUAGUUUAAUUGCUACUGAUUAAUAUAAUGUUGAAAUGUAAUCUGAAUGGCCCAUCAAAUUGUGCAACAUAAGUGUUUGAAGUUAGUUGUGCUGAGAAAUGUCGUUCUACCAAAUAUUGCCUCUUCUGUGGACCUUUUUAAUGUUUGUUCAAUCUCUGGAAAUUCCUGUGGCUCACAGUAAAUAUUACGAUGGUGUCAAUGAUUAUUACAUGUAUGCGAACAACAAUGUGCGACGGGCUAACCGACCUCGAAAUAGUCGGCCAGCAGUUGUGGCAACAUUUAGGUUUGAACAAAAACCGACAGCGGGUAAAAAAUCGGGUUGGCAUGUGUCGGGAUGUUAUUGUCCAGCAAGUAGUUACUACUGUGAUUGCUCCAAGGCAACAACUCGAGUUAAUAUGAUGAUAAAUCCAAGACGUCCCAAGUCAACAACCAAAGCUCGCACUCAAAAUAAACGAGUCGUUAAAUAUCGGGAAAGAGUUAGAGACAAGAAUGGUGUAAAAACAAAACCUCUUUCAAUUCGAACUGGUUGUUUCUGCGAUUCUCUAGGAUGCCGUGGAACAGCCUGCAAUAGACUUAAUGGAUGUGUGUGCAAUGAUGAUAAUGGAGUGUGUUGGGGAAACAAUUGUCAAACAGCUAAACCAGUCAACACUGAACGCAGUUUAGAGUCACCAGUAAUCGAUCCACCAAGCUCGAUGGAUAAGCCAACUGACGAUUUACUCACGCCAUUCAUCAGUCUGUUGGAGACGAAUAAUGGUACUUCUGAUGAAAGUAAAUUGGUGGAAAGUGAAAUCGAUCGUGAGUCUCGUGAUAAGACUGAAGGAUGUUAUUGUGAUGAGACAACAUGUAAAGGACCAGAUUGUAACAACAUGAAUGGGUGUUUUUGUGGUUCCGAUAGGUGUUGGGGUCGUUCUUGUGGAGGAUUAUCUUUAGGAACCGAAGAGGAUUUAAUUUUUCGUCGGAAAAAAUUUCCUGGUUUUGAAUAUGACAACUCUUUAGAUGGUAAAGUAACCAUGGUAAAAUCCAAGUUUGAAAAUCUAUGGAAUAGCAAGAAAAAUAUGAUGCAAACCAUGGGAAACAAAUUCGGAGGUUUGGUGGGCAAUAAAGUCAAUAUGGUUCAAAGUAAAUUGAAUGGAAUCGCAGGAACAAAAGCUCACUUGAUAAGCUCGGUCGGAAAUAAAUUUACGGAUUUAGCUGCUCACAAGGGUAGCAUGGCGAUACCCAACAAGUUUAACUUUUUUGAUGGACCAAGUAAAACAGCUUUAACUAUGAAUGAAGUUAUCGCCAGUGAUCCAGGGAACGUGGUCAAUAGUAACGCUGAUUCAAUUGGAAGUUGGAAUGAUAUCAAUCUUCUCAGUGGUAAACCAUCACAAUUAUCUGGUGAUACUAAAAUGAACAAGAUAUACACCAUGAAAAUGCCUCAAAGUGAUCGAAAUUUGAAUAACAAUAUGAUGAUGGUAUCAAGUAAGGACAAGAAUAAAUUGAUCGAUGAUAUUUCAAGUAAGUUGAAUACUUUGUUAGUUACCAAGCCGUCAGAUCAUGGUUUUGAACAUGGCGUUCUAACUGCUAAACCAGUAACUAAUAUUGAUGGUAAAAUGGAAACAAUGUUGGGCAAUAAAGUGGACGUUCUUACUGCCAAAGUGAAUAAUUUAAUAACUGGUGACGCCAAGGGAAUGAAACACUUGGUGGGUCAAGUUAUUCCAGUGAUUAAAGCUUUUCCGAUAGACAGCAUUGAAGGUGUUCCAGUUCCUCAAAUUCAAGGAAUGACAAUUGGAUCAGUUCCUUCGAUGCCAGUGGAAACUAAGCCACAUAAACCACAUAAACACCACUAUGCUCCACAACCGCAAAUGCAUCACAAUCAGCAGUUAAUGCACCAUCAACCCCACCAGAAUUUACAUCAAAGUUAUAUGUCAUUGUCUUCACAUCAUUCUCAUCCUCAAAUUCAACAGCAACAGCUUCAGCAUCAAAGUCAACAACAAACACAACAUCACUUCAAUCAAGAACAACCGCAAUUUAAUAAAAUCCACCAAAACCAAGCACAAUUCAAUCAGAUGCAACAAGAUAAUAUGAAUUUCAAUCAAGUUCAGCACCAAUCAGCCAAUCAUUUAUCAAUGAAUGCUGAUGCAUCAUCGAGUAAGCCAGCCGGUGUUACGACUCCUAAUCCAAUGUCAAGAAUGGCUGCCCAAGGAGCAAAUAGUCAACAAUUGAAUCAGCCAACAGUUAUAAUACGAGCCCCUGCCAAUGGACCUGUACCAGCAGUUACUAUAAGAACAAUUGACGCACCUCAAUCAAAUUCAAACACUAAAGGACAAAUCUUCCCAGUCAGUGCAAUGAUCGAAGCAAAUAAAAAUAAUGGAAUGCUUACGAUGACACAAGAUGAUAACCUUAACCGAAAGUUCUAGGUGGAGGGUUAUCAGUAACAACAUUAUUAUUCAUGUUAAUAUUAUUGUUAUUACUGUUGAUGUUAUUAUGAAAAUGUGAGAGAUGCGAAGGUGGAUGGUCAGAGGAUGAAGAAGGUGAAGAAGAAGAGGAAGAUGAUGAAGACGAAGAAAGGCAAUUGUUGAAGGAACAAUGGGAGCCAUUUAAAUUGUUGGCUGGGAAAGCAAUUAAAGUUGAUCUCGGUGGCUCCAUGCACUUCUUAUUACUAGUUCGCAGUCCAUUAACGGUUGGUGAAUUAAAUAAUUUAGCCUCAAAUCCUAAUAAUUGGCCCAUGAAGUUAAAAUUGGGUGAAACAAUUCGCCGUCGUGAUUUAACAAACUCAUAAGACUCUUCCAUCCGUAAUUUUUUGGUUGCCAUUAAAUAAGCCAUGCAUAUUGUUGCUGAUCGACUGAUUCCAGCUCGACAAUGAACCAACACCUUACCAUUUGAUUGCUUGAUUGAAUCUGUUGAAAUGGAAGAGAGAAGAUGAAGAAAAGGUUAGAAAAAAUACGAUAAAUUGAAAAAUCCCGCUGAUUCCAAUUGGUAUUGACAAAGGAAACGCAAAUGGAUAAAUUAAAUGGAAACAAUGGCAAUAAUAAUUGAUUAUGUAUCAAUACAUUUCUCUCUAACUUUAUCAAGUGUUGAUGACAAAAUUGACGUAAAUUGAUAAUACUAUUAAUCAUGAGAAUAGAAGGAAAAAAAGUAUAAGAAUUGAUCUGAACAAAUGAGAAGAAAAAAGUAACUCAAAGAGAGUGGGAGAAGUAAUAUGAAUUAGAUUAUCAGUGGGAUAUUAUUUCAGUUCAAGACUGAACUAAAUGUUAUUAAACAAUCAUUGAUUAUUCGUGAUCAAUGUAAGAGUUAAUAACUUCAAGUGUAAAUGCAUUGCAAUAUUGAGUUAAAAUUGGAAAAUAAAAUUCAAUUCAAAGUCGA